GAAAGACUCGUCGAACAGAUAUAUGAGCAAACAAGUAGAAUAAUGAUGUGUUUCCGUAGCUAAAGCUACUAUGGAGUUUACGCGUCAUCUUCGACUCAUCUAAAAGCACAAAGCCCAAAAUGGCCUCUCGUAAUUCUUCUAAGUCAGCUGGCUCGCGACCGCCUGCGCUAGAGCCCAUAAUGACGCGCAGAAGCGUCCCUCAGAGUCCAGGCGAUACGGACAGUGGUCCUAUGGCUGGGCCCAGCAGCGGGCGGCCACCCCAAGAAAGCCCCUCUAGCGCCUCCGAUCGAGGGGCGCAAAUCGGGACGAUGACCACGGCGGAACUGAACUACGCGAGUGCAGUGUACUACUUGUUUUUGAUGAUUAUGUGGUUGAUGACGAGGAAAUCAUCUUAUGAUCAUCAUCAUCAUCAUCAUCAUCAGGAUCGCCUUUCCUAAGGUUCAACUUCUUACUGCUUUCAGCGACUAGUUCGUUCUUGACUCAAGGAAGAAGAGGGCAAUCAUUUCGAUUUGCUGUGUAAUGGGAAUCCAUAUCCAGCCACCUACUGCUGGUGGUCAGCUUGAUGAUUGUAGGUAGCAAGUAGUAGAGGCACCACUACAUCAACGUCGUCACCGUAUGCUACUAGAAGUACCCACUUGUUUUUGGAGUACGAGUACCGUCGAAACGUUCUCAAACCAGGCUCCGUCAAGAGGCGGAAGAGGAGCUGCAGCUGCACCGCGAACAGGGACUAGAACAGGAGGAUGCGGACGACACUGUCUACCUCUACCCUUCGGUCAAGAAGAAGGACAUUAAGAAGGUGGGCGCCUUUGCCGGCGUUUUCGUCCCGACAUGCGAAAAUAUGUGGGGCGUGCUCAUCUUUCUUCGAUUCUACCUCAUCGUGGGAAAUGCUGGUGUCUCUUGGGCAUUAGUUGCGGUCUUUUUGUCGUUCAGUAUGGCUUUUCUGACA